GGCUGCCUUCAGAUGUCUUCUAAAAGUCAGAUAGUUGUUUAUUUCCUUGACAUCUGAUGGGAGGGCGUUCCACAGGGCAGGCGCCACCACCGAGAAGGCCCUCUGCCUGGUUCCCUGUAACUUCGCUUCUCAUUGUGAGGGAACCGUCAGAAGGCCCUCGGCGCUGGACCUCAGCAUCCGGGCUGGAUGAUGGGGGUGGAGACGCUCCUUCAGGUAUACGGGGCCGAGGCUGUUUAAGGCUUUAAAGGUCAGCACCAACACUUUGAAUUGUGCUCGGAAAUGUACUGGGAGCCAAUGCAGAUCUCUCAGGACCAGUGUUGCAUGACAAUUGAAAAUAUAAUGGGGAGGCCAAUAUUGUCUCUGAGGGUUUCUGGCUAGGGAUGAAUGAAAACCAAUUUCUGUUCGAUGUCAGCAUCACAGACUCUCCAAGUGUCCCUAUUUUCCAGGGACAUCCCUAAUUUAGAAAAGUCGUCCCAGUUUCUGAUUUGAUCCUAGAAUGUCCCUCUUUUCCUUAGGAUGUCCCUAUUUUCAUUGAAAAAAUGUUGGAGGGUACAGAGUUAUCCAAUCCCCCGAGCCGUCUGAAGGCAAUUGUGUAUAGGGAAGUUUUUUAAAAAAAUGUUUAAUGUUUUACAGUGGUACCUCGGGUUACAUACGCUUCAGGUUACAUACGCUUCAGGUUACAGACUCCGCUAACCCAGAAAUAUUACCUCAGGUUAAGAACUUUGCUUCAGGAUGAGAACAGAAAUCGUGCUCCGUCGGCAGUGGGAGGCCCCAUUAGCUAAAGUGGUGCUUCAGGUUAAGAACAGUUUCAGGUUAAGAACGGACCUCCGGAACGAAUUAAGUACUUAACCCAAGGUACCACUGUAUUAUGUUUUUAUGUAUGUUUGAAGCUGCCCAGAGUGUUGGGGCAACCCAAUAAGAUGCGUGUGGUAUAAAUAGUAAAUUAUCAUUAUGGAAUGGGACAUCCCUAUUUUCAUCGGAGAAAUGUUGGAGGGUAUGGCAUCGCUUUUGGGUCUUUGCUGUCCUGCAAGCUGAGAGUUUUGUAAACAAAAAAAGAAAAGAAAACUCAUUACAGGUUCACAAGGUAGUUCAAGGGCUGCCUUUCAGAUUUGACAUUCUCAUCCACCUGCCUCAGGUAAAACAGUUCCUUGAAGUAGCCUGUGGCAGCCAUCUUUUUUUUUUGUUUCAUCCGAGUUCCUGAGAGAAUGAGCUGCCAGCUUGUAUUUGCUGUGCUUUCUUUCCACUUAGAGCAGCUGUUGCUACCUAUGAAAACUUGAACGUCACCCCUGGGAAAACGUUUUAAAAACUGUAAGCAAUGGAAACAUUCAGCAGAAAAGUCCAGAGAACUGGAGACUGCGCCACAAAACCACACACAGAGAUCCGUGAGGAGCAGAUCAGAUCAGUUUGCUCCAAAAUGCAUAGCGAAUGACUUUCUCAAGCACCCAUAGUCUGGAUUCCUCCACACUACCUGUAGCUACAACCCUGGAGUGUUUGCGUAUCUUAUUACAAGACUGAAGUACAAAUUCACAGGUUCUGGCAGCCAAAAUAAUAUAAGUUUUCAUUCUUUUCAAACUAUUUUGUCGAAAUGCGGAAAACGCAGAGUCUUUUACUCCUGUUCAGUUUAAGAAUGCUUCCCCCUUUAUUUAUGACAACCACCCUUCUUCGAAUUCUCUCCUUAGAGAUUAUCGCAUUUAUGAAAAGGAAUUAUUGAUGUUUGAAAUACAGGAAAACGUAACCUUCAGGGAACAAAGAUCAGAUAGCAUGAGCUGCACUGCCAUCUAGGUAGAAGGAAGGGGAACAACAAGAAGGUUUCCUUCAACAUUAGGUUUUUUUGCUUUCCUGCUCCUGGUUAACUGAGUCAUAGAAUAAUAGGCUGCAGUCCAAUGCACAUCUGAGAGGAAACUCCGUGGAGCACAGUGGAGCUUACUUCUGAGUGAUAAUUCAAAGGAUUAUGCUGCCUUAUGUUCUUUGGAGAGAAGCAACUGGAGAAUUAUAUAAAAGGAAUGUCCAAUUCUGAAAGAAUGGAUCCCCAAAUAGUUCCCAAAACAGACCUCUCACAGGUCGUAAGAGUUCAAAGGAGCCUUAUUGUUGCCUUAUAUCCUUAGCAGCUACUGAGUCAUUUCAGGCCAAAUAAAUAAAUAAAUAAAUAAUUUAAUUAUACCCCACCUAUCUGGCUGGGUUUCCCCAGCCACUCUGGGCGGCUCCCAACUGAAUAUUAAAAACACAAUACAGCAUUAAACAUUAAAAACUUCCCUAAACAGGGCUGCCUUCAGAUGCCUUUUAAAAAGUAGGAUAGUUGCUUAUUUCCUUGACAUCUGAUGGGAGCUGGCCUCACUGAGAUAGUAAACUUGUCCAUGUUUUGUACCAUUUCAGACUGCAAGGUAGUUUGGAGGCUCAUAAAGGGGGAAAUCUUCAUAGAGAUAACACUAGAUGUUAUGGAGAAAGUUUCCAGCCUUCUUCUCCCCUUGACAUGCUCCCUCCCCUUACAUGUGAUCUGUCUGGGCAGAUGCAUCUCACUUCACCUAUGAAUUUGGUGCCAGGCUUUUGAUGGCAUGACUAUGUCCUGUCCCUCUGCCACCUCCUAUUGUUCAGCCUCUCCCUCUUGUUAGUGUAAUCUAUAAAUAGACUUUAAAUGAUCCUUGCAUAGUUUUGCCCCUAGCAACAGGUUUUCUCCCAGCAAUAGAUCUUCCCCAGCAACAGACUUCUUUAUUUGACAUGCUCAGGAAGAAAGGAAUGGGUUGUUGCUCUGUCCAAAGGGAAGGAAUGAGUCUCUGUACAUAGUUUUACUUUAUUUCCUUAGACCAGCAGUUGUAUAAGUUGUAAUGUUAAUUCUUCAGUAAAUACUUAAGCGAACUGGAAUGGGUGAGGUGUUUAUUCCCACAUGGGAAUUCACCAACAGAUGAGCUAAACUGAGAAAAAUGAUUCUGGAAGACUUGCUGGGAGAGUCUGCCGACUGAAAAAGGAAACCCAAACGAUAGCAAUUUGCACAGACACCUCUGCCUGGUUAGAGUCCUUCCUACUUCCUGUUGAGGCACUGCACUCUGGGUUGGAGGGGCAGUAAAAAGAAACAACAGAUCUGCUUCCCUCUCUUGGACAUCAUCUCUGGUUGCCAGCCCUCCAGCUCAGGCAUCCCCAAACUCGGUCCUCCAGCUGUUUUGGGACUACAACUCCCAUAAUCCCUGAGCACUGGUCCUGUUAGCUAGGGAUGAUGGGAGUUGUAGUCCCAAAACAGCUGGAGGGCCUGAGUUUGGGGGUGCCUGCUCUAGCUCCUCACCAUCUGCUCCUCCUCUGCCGGGAGCUGCCAAACCAUGCCAAGCAGUCCAUGACAAUGAGAACACAUGGCAACAGGACUAAUGAGAACAACGCUUAACAAGACAAAUGUACUUCUAACAAAUGAACAACAAAACCAACAAGGUCUUUUAAUCAUAAACGGAAAACAGGGAAAUUCCCAGCUUUGCAUGCAGGGAUGGAUGAAUCUCUGCAAUGCCAGCUUCUCGUCUUUCCAAGCUUGCAAUCAGUUCUCCACAUCGGUUUGUGAUGAAACAGCAUCUUAUGUGUGUGUUUCUCACUGCAUAGCAACAAGAACCUUGGCCAUAGCAGUACACAUGUUUUGUGGGCACAAACACCCUGGGUUUAAUUCCUGACAUCUCCAGCUGCGCUGUGGCAACCCAACCAGUUGGGUGCGGUACAAAUAAUAAAAUUAUUAUUAUUACUGGGCUGGAAAGCACCUACAUGCUACCUUGGUUUGCUGUUGCAUGUCAGAAUAGACUUCUGAGCCUACGAUCUGAUUCUGAAUAAGGCAGUAUCGUUUGUUCAUAUGCUUUAACUCCGCAGGCAGAGCAGCCAAGCUUUGCAGACUGGUGAAGAUUAUGUCUCCAGACUUCAUGCUAAGGAAAGAGGUGGGGAACCUGUGGUUUCUGAACUACAAUCCUCAUAACCCCUGACCACUGGCCAAGCAGACUGGGGCUGAUGGGAGUCCAACAGCACCUGGAGGGCCACAGGUCCCCCACCUGUGUUAAAGGAUUGUAGGCAGCUGGGAAAGAGUUCAUCCCAGGUUGUUGCAAGUUAAGGGUUUACGGUGCUGAAUGAUACGGACCACAAGGCAACUUCCUAUGUUUACAUGCACACACCCAAGUUAUCUACAGCUAAACAAGACUCCGUUUGCAUAAAUGAAGACUGGAUACAUGAGUCAUCUCAAAAAAAGUUUUAUUAGCAUGAUUAAAAACAUGUGCUGAAGACCAACAGAUAAAAUAACUUCAUCAACAUGGAAGAAAAUCCAUCCCAACACUUGAUAAUCAAUCCAGUUUUAAUACUGGACGGACAGCUUUAUUGCCAGUAUUCUCGCAUGUCCUUGAAAAACCAGCUGCACUGGAUCAGUUUAUGUAGCUUCCUGGCUAUGGCUGGAUCAUGAUCCUUAUCCAUAGUUAGGUAUAAAAAUAUCUUCGAUUUAUUGUUGGAUUGCAGGUGCAUCAUGGGGGUUAAGAAAUCAUCAACAGAAGAGUUCUGUCUUUUUUUAAAAAAAGAAAGAGUUCCUUCCCCCCCCUUCCAAAACAUACUACAAAGAAAUUAGUAUUUUGACCUUUAGACUUCAUACAUGAUGUCGAUUUAGAAUGGAUAACCACAAUAGUUUUUCCUCCCAUCCUGCAAUUAAUAAAAACCGAGAAAAAACCCCAAAAUCAAAAUGCUUCAUUCACAGACUGCUUCUUGGGUUUGACUCAGAAGACACAUUUACACUGGUUUGAGGACGAAGACAGCAUCAUCUAAGACGUAGUAGUCAUUAUACAUGUCACCUUCACAUAAGUAUGGCAGUCUGGUGAACGCCUCUAUGGCAAAGCCAGCUUUCCUGAAAACCUCUGGCAAGCUGUUCACCUGUUCCUCCCACGUCUGUCCUUUGAUUUCCAAAACUUCGGAAGGUUUAUCCCACUUGCCACCUACUGAAAAAGCACAUGGGGUUCGCGUUAGUUAUUUAUCUUUAUUUAAAUCUGUUUCACUUAUCCUGCUUUUUGGCCUAAUGACUUGAACAAGGCAGGCUGCGAAUCCAUUAGGAAAGGCAGAAAUUACAACAACAAAUCAAGAACAAUAAUGGACAAAUCCUAUGAGCAGCCAAGAGCCAUAAAGCCAAGAGCAAGCUCUUCCCAAAUAGCCAGACAGCAUCCAAAGGUGAAAGAGAAUAAUCUUAAUCCAUCUUCUAAAAACUGGGAGCAAGAGAAAGAAACCUCCUUUCCCUAUUAGGUCAAGAAAUGCAAAUUCCCCUCGCUGAAACAUUGAUGGGUAUAUGGAAAAACUUGUGCACAAACUGAGAGUACUUGAUGGAAUUUCUAAAACAGAUAAAUUUAUUAAAACCUGGUUUGCCUUUCCAGUUUACAAAUUCCUUAAAGAUAAUGAUAUUAAAUCCCCACUGCAAUCUGACUCAGUUUGGAACUCAUGAUGAGGUCCCCCCCUUUUUACCAUUUAUGCACUUGUCUGUGUUUUUCUUUAUCCCAAUACUGCAAAACUGAUUAAUUAAACAGUGUGUCUCCCUGAAAUCUUCUUAUUACUAUUCUCCAUAUUUCUUUAAUGACUGUAACUUGGGGGGGGCGGGGUUGGGUGUUUGGUGUGGUUUUGUCACGAGCACUGCAUUUUGUCUAUAAUGAAAAGCAAUAAAAAAAGAAAAAGAAAAAUAUAUACUUCUCCUUUAUUUUAGUUGUUAUUGUAAUAAGUACCAGAUAAUUUUAACCAUUUGGUUUCUUCCAAAUUAUUCUACUUUCUUGUAACAAUAGGUAGGCGAGUUAUUCCCCAAUGCUUGAAUUUAUUUCCUUUUAUGUGUGUGCUUCUGCAUUUAAAUAUAUAUGUAAAUUCAAAACUCCAAAACGUUUAUUUUCAAAUUGUGGGACAAAAUGAGUACAUAAACCGUGGGAAGCAAUACCUCUCGCAAACCACUUUCAAGACUCUUGAAAACUAUUGCCUGCUUCAGUCUAAUUUGCUUCGGUAUUGCCAAUGUUCAAAGUGUUCUUUCAUCACCACACAGUGUGGUUUCUGUGAGGGAAGUGGCUAAGCAGUUUAGGUGAGAGCCACCUCAUUCCCAAUCUUCAAGAGAAAGGAAGUGCGGAGACCAUAUGAGCCACCAUGUGAAGACUUAAGACAGAGGCGGUAAAACUUCUGCAGCCCGAAGAAACUCAAGUGUUAGAAACUCAGAAAGAUAAGCUAAUUGCUAACUCCUUAAACCUAGGUUAUGGUUGCCACAAUGGGAUGUCUAGGUGCCUUUUUUUUAAUAUAGUGAUGAUGAUUAAUCUCAUUUCUAUACCGCUUUAUAUUUUAAAGAAAAUAUCUCAAAGCAGUUUAUAACACAUUAAGACAUCAAAUAAAACAAUCCAGAAUAAAACAAAUUCAAGCUUUAAGUGGUAGUAGUAGUAGUAGUAGUAGUAGUAAUAAUAAUAAUAAUAAAAUAAUUUUAUUUAUAUCCUGCCCUCUCUGGCCACAACUGGGCUCAGGGCGGCUAACAUAUAAUACAUUAAAAUAUAAAUUCAGCAAUUGACUGAAAUACAGAUUAAAAUCAGAUUAAAAUCAAAAUAAACUCAGAUGGCUACCCACAAUUAUAACUAUAGGGUUGGGGGCCUUAAGUAUUUCAGACAUAUUGCUUUCCACAUAUAUUUACCUGCUUAAUUUAUAUAGCUGCCCCAUAGCAGAAGAACUCUAGGAAGCCAGUGUGGUGUAGUGGUUUAGAGUGUCAGACUAGAACCUAGGAGAUCAGGGUUCAAAUCCCCACUCCGUCAUGGAGCUUACUGGAUAACCUUGGGACAGUCACAGCCUCUUUACCUACCUCAUAGGAUCGUCGCAGAGAUUAACUGAGGAGCGGGUGUGAACCAUGUACUCCUCUUUCCCAGCUCAAAAUUAAAAUCGGCAUUGGUACUGAUAAGAGUAGGAUUGUCUAAUCCGUUUUUUAAAAGCCAUGCAGCUUGGCGACCACCACUGCAAAUUCCAUCUUAACCAUGCACUUUCUUUCAACAUUCAGCUUUGCUGGAUGUUCUCAGAUUCUAGUGCUAUGAGAGACGGAGAGGAAAAACGGGGGGCGGGGGGGAGCCAUGCACUUUCGAUGCCUGGUGUGGAUGUGACCCUAAACUCUGUUGCUCACACGGCCCUCUCCAUAGUAUUGUACUGCCUUGCACCACUGGGGCCCUGGAUGGAAGGUGUAGUUGGAACUGUGCCCACCCCUUGAAGGAAAGAUGGGAUAGAAAGCAUGAUGAUUAUAAUCUGUCAACUCUGUGAGUGUCUUUCCCAUUUUCCAUUUGCUUGAACCAGAUGUAACAACAGGAAUCUACUGUUUUCAGGAAAGGAUAAUUUGGGACGCGGGUGGCGCUAUGGUCUAAAGCACUGAGCCUCUUGGGCUUGCCGAUCAGAAGGUCAGUGGUUCGAAUCCCCGUGAAGGAGUGAGCUCCCGUUGCUCUGUUCUUGCCAACCUAGCAGUUCGAAAGCACGCCAGUGCAAGUAGAUAAAUAGGUACCGCUGCGGUGGGAAAGUAAACAGCAUUUCUGCGCACUCUGGUUUCCAUCACGGUGUUUGUUCCACUGUGCCAGAAGCGGUUUAGUCACGCUGGCCACAUGACCCGGAAAGCUGUCUGCGGACAAAUGCCGACUCUCUCGGCCUGAAAGCAAGAUGAGCGCCUCAACCCCAUAGCCACCUUUGGCUGGACUUAACCAUCCAGGGGUUCUUUACUUUUUACUUUAGUUAAAGAAUUCUUUCGUCUCCAUUUUUAAAGGUUCCUGAGGGGUGGCUACUAAACAGCACCCAGCAAAUAAGCCGAAAAUAGUUGCACAGAGAGACACCCUAUGCUUUAUUUUACAUCAUGUAAAUACAGAGCUAGGAACUUCCUCAGUUGUGCAAUAUGAAGAACUGUAACUGACAAGGGCUUCCCAUUCCGUUUCCACUUCGGGUUCCCCUCAGUUCCACUUUCUUGAGCUGAAACCCUUUCAGAGGAAACUUUGCAGGCAAAAUGGCAACGUUCAAGCAAUGGGUUCUGAUUCUGGUGCUGCAAUUUACCUGGGUGACAUAUUAUGCAGGUAAGGAAUUCUCUCUCUCUCUCUUAAUCCUUUCUGUUGUCAUUAAGCUUUAAAAAUAACAGCUCUUGCAGAAAGCAUCAGAAGCAGAUUUAUUUGAGAAAAGCUUGGGCAGGGGUGGGGUGAGGCAAAUGGCCAAAAAAACAGCGGGGGCAGGGGGAAGCUAAUCCUCCUCUAUCUCUGCAGAAUAAUGCACAGGAUUGGGUUGUAAGUCACACUAGUGGAAGUGAUGACUGGAGCCUUCAAAUGGCUUGUGGAAACUGCAAUUAACAGGUAACAGCAAGCUCCUAAACUGUAAUAUGCAGAGAACCGACUCCUCACCCUUUUUCGAUUGACUUUCUCAUCAGGGUAUGUUUAAUCCUCCUCAAUAGGUGCCAACUUUUGCAAAGUGACAGUAUCUCAACCUCCACUCAUGGAAGGCUACCCUGCAUCAAAAUAUAUUGCUAUACCGUGUACUUUUUCUGCUCAGGGAUGCCCCACAUCCACUCCGACCAUUCUGUGGUUUCGAUAUCUUGCGCAUACCCACGAAGCCUUGUGCACUCCCAAUUGCAUAAACAGCACAAAGUUCAAAGUGUCUCAAUUAACAUCUAAGAACCAGGCUCAGCUUGGGAUCAACGAAAUCAAUGAAGAAGACAGCGCAAUUUAUUUUUGUGGGGUAGCAAUUUCAAGUUCAAAUUCCUCCACCUCCAAGCAAACUGGAAGCGGAACAGUGUUGGUGAUAAGAGGUUGGUUGCUACUUUAUUUUUUUGAGGGGGAAGGGUUCUCUAUUAUUUUAAGGAGAUUUUUAUCCAGUGGUUUUUCCCCCCCUCUUAAAAAAAUGUUUAGGGGUACUCUCAUUUUCCUACUCAUAUUGAAAUACUGCCCCUCAAUGAGACCAGACUUAGAUUCACAAAAUGUUUAGGGGUAUGUGUACCCCUGCGUCCCCCCAGGAAAAAACCUACUGUUUAUAUCUCACUUGCAGGUCAAAGACUGCUCCCUACGAAUAUUAUUUUAACAAACUGUAAAGCAAAAGUGCUAAGGCAGGGUAGACACUCCCAAGGUUUGUUGGACUAAUGCUUUGGCUCUGCAUAAGGAUUUUCAUAUAUUCAAACUAGUCAGAACCAGAGAGAUACAAAGCAAGCCUAACUCUCUCUAACUCAGUUGGUUGAUUCACACACACGUGACAACCUUAUCACACAUGAUAAACCAUGUAAAAAAAUAAAAUUGUCCAGUAGCACCUUAAAGACUAAGUUUGUUCUUAAACCAUUGUUUAAGUGACAAACUAUGGUUUACGAAGCUGGGAACGGGCUUUUGUCCUGCGUGUUCCUCCCUUGUUUUGGUGCUUCAGCCCAAUUUGAAGAGUGUAUUGCUAUCUUAGAAACAAAAAACUGUGUUUUAAUGUCUGUUUGAUAACCAGGUUUCUAAAACCACAGUUUGAUCUUAGUUUAAGAUCCUGGUUAGGAAACCAAGCCUAAGCAGCAAGGUUUGAGUGUAAUGGGAAAUGGUGAUUUGCUUUGAACCUGACUGAAAUGCUGAAGCUGGUGUUUCAGGGAAGGAGUAAGGGAAGGAGCUUGGAGAACUGACCGGUUUUAUAAACAGAGGCAUAUAAAGCUGGAACCGUUACAUCUGAACUGGCCCAGCAGGAUCUUCUUAUGCUCUGAUGGUCUAGACUCCUCAAGGUGGAAUCAGAACAAGAAACUAGAACCGCAGAACCUGGGGACUCUGCAGCUCUUUCGUGGACUUUUAGGACAUAUGUGAAUAAUUGUUCCCAUUUGAACACUGUACCUGAAAAAUAUAACUUUAUAUGGAACUCUUUGUGACAUCUACAUAGGUCUCUAUAUACAAACAACUUGCACAACCUGUUUUGUGCCUUUGGGUCUUCAACUGGAUUACAUGGCGACCUCUUGCCACCCAGGUCUAGAUUCUCCCUUUUCUUCCUCCACACCUACUUUUUCUCUCCUUCCCAUCCCCUUCCUUACAUAGAAGAGCCGGUGGUUUCCUUACUUUAUGCGGCGUUAUCACUGUUUUAAGGUCUCAGCUGAUUGUUACGUGUUCCUUUUGAUUAAUAAAAUCAUUAAAAAGCGCAAGAAAACCAUCAUUCAUACUAUGCCAAUAAUGCAAACUGAAACUAAACUAACGAUAUUCUUUUUGCUGUUCUUAUUUUAAAAAAGAGAGUGGAACAUACAGCCGAGGAGUUGAGUACAGCAUGCUGGCCAUCUCAGUUGUGCUGUUCCUCUACCUUGUUGCCUUGUUGGCAGUUUUUAAGUUAUUCACGAAGGUAUGUUCGUCUCUCUCUGUAUCUGCUCUCUCUCAAUCUCUCUCCCAUACCAGAUCCUAGCAGCUUUACAAUGCUUUCAAUGAAGGAAACCCAAGACCAGCCUUGGGUUGCAAGUCUAUUUGCAUGCUGUGAAAAUAUUUUUUUAUAAAAGAAAAAAGAGGGCAUGUGAUUAUGACACCCUCGCCACUUCUGCAAAUUCGGUUGGUGCCUAGCUAGAUGUGAUGUCAGCCACAUCCACUUCUUAAAAAAGAAACACCCCAAAACUGGGAAUAUACAUAGGAAGCUGCCUUAUGCUGAAUCAUACAAUUGGUGAAUCUUCUGAUUUGGACUAUUCCAAUAGUCCUUACGUAAGGCUGCCUUUACAAAGUUAUGGAAACUGCAGCUGCCCUGAAUUUGCGGUGGUUGUGCUGAAUGGAGCAGGUUAUAGGGAGCGUGUGACUCUCUUGUUACAACAACUCGUUGACUUACUGAUUCACUUCCAACCCCAAUUCAAAGUGCUCGCCUCAGCCUUCAAAGCUUUAAACAGCUGUGGACCAAGGUACCUCAAGGGAUACCUGCUCUAAUACGAACUUGUAUCAGGUGAACCUCUUCUCUUUCUCCUGCCCAGUUUGAGGUGUGUUUAGUAGGGACACAAGAGGAGGGCCUUUUUAGUGGCUGCACCCAAGCAUUGGAAUUUUCUCUCUUGGAAGGUCUGCAUAGCCCCCUCUUUGAUGGCAUUCUGUCUAGAUGACAAAAUCCUCUUUUUUGGGCCUGGCUUUUGGUCUAGCAGUUGGCCACUUUUAACUGGAUGUUUUCUGCUGCUUGCAUAUAUCAUUUAGUGCUAGAAUUUUUUAUGGUACUACGCUUAUUUCAUUUGUACAGUGGUACCUCUGGUUAUGUACUUAAUUUGUUCCGGAGGGCCGUUCUUAACCUGAAACUGUUCUUAACUUGAAGCACCACUUUAACUAAUGGGGCCUCCCGCUGCUGCCGUGCCGCCACGAUUUCUGUUCUCAUCCUGAAGCAAAGUUCUUAACCCGAGGUACUAUUUCUGGGUUAGCGGAGUCUGUAACCUGAAGAGUCUGUAACCCGAGGUACCACUGUAUAUGAUUGGGGGGGGGCAGUUUUAAAAUGUGUUGGCACACUGAUGUAUUCAGUGUUUGUUCGCCACUUUUGAAAAGGCAGAAUAUAAAUAUUCUUAAUAAUCUGAUCAAUCAAUAAAUUUUAUGCAAUACCCUUGUAUCCACUAAAGAACUCAGGGUGGGUUAUAUUCCCCACCCACCCCCGAGUACACUGCAGUUACAUCCACACCAUAUGCAGUUUGUUAAGGGUGUAUUUGUAGCUCUGUGAGGGGUAAACUACAGUUCCCAGGAUUCUUUGCAGGAAGCUAUGUGUUUUUAAUUGCGUGGUGUGGAUGUGACCUGUAUCUUCGCAAUCAUCACUUCGAGAGGUGGGUUAGGUUAACAGAGAAUGCAGUUUGCCCAAAUUAUUCAGAGAGCUUCCUGCCCAUGCAGUGACUUGAACCUGGGAUGCCACAGUUUAAAUCCCACACUCUACUCUGUGCACAGAUACCCUGUGCUAUCUCCAUUUUUCACCCCACAUGACCUGCUCUUCAAUUUAACCUCCCAAACAUUUUACUUCUCUAUGUGACAGGUGGCUCCCAUCACUAUGGCUCCUUGAACGCAACAGCAAAAAUACCCAUUAUCAUAUCAUCCCCAAUCUCUGUAAUGUUUGCUUAAAAAAAAAAAAGAGGUACCAAUCUCCUUUGCUAAAAUGCAUUGUUCACCUUUGUUUCCACAGCCUAAACUCAAGAAAACAGAGAGGCAUGUCAAUGUUUGCGUAAGUGUUUGCAAUCCUGUACACAAGGUAGCUAAUGCAUUCUCCAAAGGUGAAUCUUUAUAUGAGCAGGAAAAGGAAGUACCCACGCAAAGGAGGGAGGUAGCAGCAAGCUUGGGGAAACCCUGAGAUUUACAGAGGGACAAAUUUUUUUAGUUAAAACCCCAGUUCUUAAGAGAGGCACCCUUCUAAGCUACUCAGUGAGGCCUAAGCAUGCUCAGUAGCCACUCUUGAGAGAGAAACCCCCUUAGAAAACUGGGGGAAGAGGGAUUAUCCUGAAAGAAGACAUGGCUGGCUGGAACCCUGAAUAGGAGCCUUCCACAUGGCAACACUUGGCUGCAUGUCCAGCCUGUUGCAUUUCAAAUCUGCAGUGGGCUGGCAUGUGGCAAGCCUAAAAAGACCCUGCAAUCUUAUACACACUUAGCAGCUGGAAGAUCACAAAGUUUGUAGGCUACACAACAGUUUGGUUAUCUAUGGCGAGUUAAUCCAAACCGCUGCUGCUGCAUAUGACGUCUGAAAGCAGAUGUGCGCUGCCUCAUCUCCUGACUGAAUUUCUCCAGCUGGGGAAAUGGAGCCAGACUACGACUGCUGUCAAUCUGGAAUAGAGGUGGGGAAACUGCGGUCGAUUUGAAUGCUGCUGGACUCCAACUCCUAUCGGUCCUAGCCGGCGUGGUCAGUAUUCAGGGAAGCUGGGAGUUGGAGUCCGACAACAUCCAGGAUGCGAAAGUUUUCCCCUAAGCCAUUUCUGCUUUAGAAAGGAGGACCAGAAAAGUAAGUGCAUCACAAUGCACCAAUUUAUGCUGAGAUGGAAACACAGAAUUCUGCUGGGGUUGCUUCCUCCUCCUCCUCCUCUUUCCUCUUGUGGUGUUACGGGGAAGAGAAAGGGAGCACAUGCUGAGUGGGCGGCUCGAGAGGGAGCCAGUUUGCAUGGCUAGCAAUAGGAACAGCAACGCCCCUUCCUUGUUGUGUCUGCCUUUGUAACCGCCUAGUGGCAGAGCUCCAUGGGGAACAGGCAGGUGAUGGGCACAGGGCUGCACCUGACACUCAGGUGUGCUGCAUUUGUGGAGAUGGGCGCCUGGCUAGACCAAAACAAAAGCGAGAGAGGGACCAGCAGGGAACGAAGCAAUGCAAGGAAGAGGCCUGGGCCUCUGCUUGGCUAAAGCUGCCACCCCUUCUCUUUCAGAGGCACCUCGACCCACGUUUCCUCUUUUAAUUGCUGCCAUGUUUAAAUGGGAUCAUUUUCAUUGCAUGAUAUAAUUACAGACGUUGGUAUUCCAAAUUGCGUAUUUCAAUUUUAUUAUUUAGUUAUUUCGUACACGGCUCUGUAGUUAAUUAUGAACGUUUGCAUUUUAAGAUUUGUGUAACUGGUUUUUAUACUUGGAGAUUGCUUGGAAGUUUAUUUGGGCACUGAGCAAAAUAAUAAUAAUAAUAAUAGCCUUGCUGCUAUUUGCCAGGGCACACUGACCACCUUGUGCUCCCUUCCACAAUAUAACAGCAAAGGAAGAGAGGGAUGGUUGGGAUGGUCUGAUCUGGCUCUGUAUAAGGCUACGGUCCUAUAGCUGAUAAAUACCCCACCCCACAACUGUUAGCAACAGUCAUGUUUCCUGUCGCAUCGGCAGCGUCCGAAGGGGUCAUUUUCUCAGUUUCUGUUUUAAAAACAACAACACACCAAUGUGCCCCACACUGCUAGGCGAAGACAAGUGUUCAAAGCCUCUUUUAAAUUUCCAGGGUGGGGGAAGCAAAGUAGCCGUUUGUCGAGCGAUCGCAAAGGAGUUUGGCAAAAAGAAGCACAACAGGCAGCGGAGGCAUGUAAGUAGCCAGGAGCAUUGAAAGGGGGCGGGAACUGUGUUCAUACGGGCAAUCGGAGGGCAUCGGUGACAGAAGGGGAAAGGAACCAAUUGGGCGGCAGCACAGAGGCCGGGUUAUAGGCUGUGCUGCUAUGCCAAUGUUGCUCCAGUAUUCUAAGUUUAGCAAUGAACGCAAAAAGAACUAUUAUUGUCUUGUCUGUGCUGUGACUUGGCACCCGUCCUUCCUUAUCCAUUUCAACCUGGAGAAGGUGGCAUAGCGGUUCUGAGAAUGGCAUAAAUCUUCCUGCAACUCACACAAAAAUGUAUCUUGUAUAAAUGGGAAUCUCGCAAUGAAAAACAAGCUACAGAAAGUAGGCUUAAAAAACAAACAACCCAGUCUUACACAUAAAGAUUCCGGACAGAAUAAUAUUUCAUAGAAAGCUAAUCUUUUUGAGCUUGCCAAUGGAUGCCAGUAUGGUAUAGAGUUCCCUUCACUGAGUAAGCUCUCGGAGAAUUAGCAGUUGUUUGGGAAGCUUAUGAUUCAGCCGUUUUCUUCUGCUGGUAUAUGGAUAGCUAUAUAUAUGUGGUAUUUUUAAAAAACAACAAGAGACAGAGAAUUGCGGUGCAUCACUGCAGUGAACAUGACUCUUUGGGAUCAAGUAUUUUUGGGUUUUAUUGCACACUAGCAAACUACUGAACAUGCUUCUUUUCUUUUCUUGCAGGGGCAUUUGGAUAAAAGCCACAAAAUGGAUGAAUUAUCAUAGCAGUUGCACUUUCAUGGGUUCGGUAGAACUGGAAACGUGAUUCACACAUUAAACAUCCGAAGGGGGAAAAGUGAGCUUCAUACAGCAAAAAGCUCCUAUUGUGUCAUACUAAACUAGGGCUGCCAUACGUCUGGAUUUUCCUGGACAUCACCGGGAUCUCAAAGGUGGAACUGACGUCCAGGGGGGAAUUUUUGAAAGGCAGUCAAUUGAAAAAUCACUUUUUCUUGGUGUUUUUGUAAAAAAAAAGAAAAGAAAAGAAAAGCUCAACAAUUUUCAGGGUGUCUUGGUUUUUACUUUUUGAAAUACAGUUAACCCAAAAUGUUAAAUUUACACAUUUGCCAGGAGCUGCCUAGAACUGGAAUUAAUUUCAGUGGCUUUACUUUGAGCAGGGGCUAACAGGGAAUACAACCUAUUUAAUCAGAAAUGUCCUUGAGUUUUUAGUGGUGUUCCUUCCUUUUCCCUUCAUUGAUUUCCAUCUUCCCCACAUUCUCUCGCCCACCCUCACCCUUCUUUGCUUAGUUUUAGAGCUGCCUGUGUCUCUUCAAAAGGCGAGCCCAUCUUGUACUUCAGAGGCCCACAUAUCUGGCAUCCUGAUCUCAAAGCAAACACUGGUCUUUGAACCAUGAGGAAACAAAUGCCAGUAUGUGCUUGGUUGCCUUGCCAGGAAGUUGCGUUAAGUUUUAUUGUGCAGUUACCAAACAGGAUCCUGGACAUAAAGGUGUGGGAGAGAAACAGCAAGACCCUGGAAAUCCUGAGUAGUUACAAGACCAGAGAGAGAAACAGAACUGUAGAACUGCAAAGUAAGAUAUGGAAAAUGCAAGGACGACGACCAUUUCACAACUCAGGCCAGCUUAAGCACAGAUUCUGGGGCCUAGGUCUUGCAAGCUACAUUAUGGGGGCUCCCCCUAAAUGGACCAGGAACAGCAGCACUGGUCCAUGGUGGAGAAUGGUGUGAACAACCAGUCCAGGGCACAUACUGGGGCUGAUGACAGUUGCUGGGUGGGUUUGCUAUGCAGGAAAAGACCUGCUGAGGUUCAAGCUGCACCAAACAUCUUAAUUUCCCCAGUUCUGCUUUUUUCUUCUUCUCCCUUUAAGAGACCACUUCCUGCUGCUGCCUCUUAAACCUACAGAGCAGGGAGCAGUAGAGGAGAAAGCAGGAAGUGGGAGAG